CAGCGUUAAUCAUAAUUACUAGAUGAUUUCGAGUGGGACCCAGGGUGAAGAACAACUCCUUUUGUUUUCUCUCUCUCUCGAAGAAUUUAUGAAUCAUAAUCACGCAUCAUCGUCUUCGUCAUCACCAACUUCUUCACCAUCAUCAUGAAUGUUAAAACUUCCAUAAACAAAUCCUUCCUUGUCCCCUUGUAUUUUUCUAUCUAAAUCCCUAAAACCACUCAAAAUCAUCCCUCUUUCUCUCCUCCCCAUUUUCCCCAACGCUUGAUUCGAAUUCGUCUCUCUCGUUUUCUGUUGUUCUACCAAUUGAGCAACCCUAGAAUCAUUCUUGUGUACCUACCGGAACCGAGUCUUCUCUUCUUCCGUGGCACAUCUUUCAAAGUUUUAAACCCCUUUUCCCCUAACUUCUUUUCAUUUUUCUGUUUUUUUCCCGGGAAAUUUUCUCUCUCUCUCUCUAUUUUUUGUUUCUCUCGUCAUGAUCAUUACUUGUCAAGUAUGAUCCUUUAUUAGGUUUCUUUGGGGCCGAUCUCACUUUUUCUGUUUCUCACCCUCUUCUCUUCGAAGGCCCUUGUAAACCCUAGAAUCUCCUCUUUUCAAAUUUAUAUGUUCUGUUUCUUCAUCUUCAGGUUUAAUCAUUCAAUCUAUCUCUAGGGUUUACCGGGUCAAGUCUUAGGAUCUGUCUCUAUCCAUACUUCAUCAAAGUUUCCGUCUUUGGUUCUAAUCCAUGGCGUAUCAUUCGAUUCCGAGCUCUGGGUUUCAUUACUUGAAUUCUCCUUUUGGUGACACAACCUUUACUAAAGUCUUUGUUGGUGGCCUUGCCUGGGAGACUCAAAGCGAGACUCUUCGUCGGCAUUUCGAUCAAUAUGGUGAUAUCCUUGAGGCUGUCGUUAUUACUGAUAAGAACACUGGUCGAUCCAAAGGUUAUGGCUUUGUGACUUUCCGAGAUCCAGAGGCUGCUAGGAGAGCCUGUGUCGAUCCAACACCUAUUAUAGAUGGCAGACGAGCGAAUUGUAAUCUCGCUUCUCUUGGGAGAUCUAGGCCUCCAAUGCAAUAUGCAGUGAUACCCCAUGCUCCUGGACGGGUAAGACCUCCUUCCCCAUAUGUUGGAAGUGUGCAGAGUCCUCGCGGUUUGCAUUUUGGAAGCCAUCCGUAUCACCAACCCCCUACUUAUAACUACCAACAAGGAGUGGUGUACCCUUAUGGGGUUACACCAUAUGGACCUGACUACAUGUACUCACAGUCUCAGGGUUUCUAUGGUCCUUACAUGGGUCAACAGUACCUUCAGGUUUAUGGAGUACCUGGGGCAGUUAACUCACCGGGUUAUCAAUAUGGGCAACUGAGCCAUACUAUUCCUGGUGCUCACGGUUAUACAGCGGGUCAAGGUUAUUCACAUCCAGGAAGUCAUGUUCUACAGCUUGGUGCCACUUCACCUAUGUCUGCUAUUCAAUCUCCAUACCCUUCUCCUUCAGCUCCAACGCACCAACGUGUCAUCGUCCAGACUCCUCCUCAGUAUAUACAGAGUAGCGGUUCUGAUCAGACAACAGGGUGAUCAACUUAGUAAUCCUUAAAGAUUGCAGAAAAGGGAAGAAGUCCAGGACAAAUGCUACUCUGGCAGGCUUCCUGUUUAAGCUUAGCACAUUAUUUAUUUUCGCAUUCUAGAGGUAUUAAGUAGUCUUGCUCACUGAAGAAGUCAAAAAAGGGGGAAAGGAGAAUGGAAGUUUCAGGGUUUGUGCUUCUGUUAUCUUUAACCCUCUCAUCCUAUGUAUAUAGCCCACAACAAGCUUGAUGGCAUAAACUAUAUGAAUAGUUUCACCCCGGAAACAAGGGUUUUCGCGGUAAACUGGUAGGAAUAAGUUUGGUGUACAAAGAAAGUUCAUAUAUAUAUAAACACAUACAUAAAUGCAUAUAGAAUGGUGGAAUCAACAUCUGAUUCUUUUGGGUGGUAAAAGUAGUCUUCUUACUACACACUCUCUUAAGGCAUAUGAGUGUUGGUAAUAUUACUAGGUAGAUUCUCACGUCCUCUUGAGUCAAGUCCUCUGCAUUGUAAGUAAAAAAUUAAUGACUAUGGAGCUCACUUCAGCUUCUUUGUCUGUGCAUAAAUUUUAGCUCCAGGAUUCUUCUCUUUUCUAUGUCUGUACAGUUUCUAGACUGAUAAAUUGUUCUUCUCAAUUGUUUCUGUCUAUGACUCCUAUCUUCUACUCUGAUUCCUCUGUUUAUACUCCAUUUAUCACUUCGUUUACCACUU